UCCCUCUCAUCAUUAGCACUCUCACUCGAUCCAGUGACACACAUUUUUCUUCGCGGGAUUUUCUCUCUCUCUCUAUACGUAUAGCUUUUCCUCAGUUGUAUCUAUAUAUUUCUAUCUGCAGAGGAGCUCCUUUCUCUCUCUUCGUCGGCAUCGAGGACUACGCUUACGCUUCCUUCAAUUCUAAGAAGAUUUCUUGCUUUUUCUCUGAGUAACUCCUAUUCUCUGCAAUUCCUUACUUUGCUUUCAGUGUUCAAAUUACUGAGGAUAUGAGAGCAUUUUGUUGUUACUGAGCUGAAGAUUGUUUGGAUCUGUGGUUUGCCUGCUUGGGAUGUGGAUUGUUGGAGAUUUUGCUAGCGAACUUUUGUAGACAGAACCGACAUUUGGUUUUUUUUUUUUUUUUGGUUUAAGCUAGAGUUUUACAGAUAUAGUCAAACAGAGCGUACGUAUUAUGAAUAGAUUGUGAACAUUUCCAAAUAUCUGAGGGUAAAAACACAGAGACUAAAUUUGGGUUUUGUGAGACUGUACAACUGUUGUGACGCCGAUUUGUUAAAGUAAGAUUAUAACUUAGAAGUUGGUAAAUGAAGCUACAGCUCUCAGAAUCAGACGCUAUAAUUUGUUUGCAUCUUCACAUAGUUUUAGAUUUUACUUUUCCUGUGUAAUUUCCAACAAUUUAGAUGUGAACGUUUAACCAGUUAUACUUUUUUUCGGGUGUCUUUGCACUUGGAUUUAUUGAAAAAUGUAAUUUGGUUUCUGAUUAUGGUGGAAUGAAUCAUGCUUGUUCCAAGUUUUACUUGUUUUGGCUGAUUAAUCUAAUUAUACUUCUCGCUUAUACGUUCAUUGAUGAAAAUUAAUUUUGUGUUAUUCUGUCAGAGGGAGCUAAAGUAAAUCCAAGUAAAUUAGUUUAUUUGUUAGUUUAUAGCCCAUUUUUUCUGUCUAUUUCUUUUGUUUUGAAUACUUGCUACUUUUGUUAGUAGUGAUGCUUUACCUCUUCUAUCUGCAUGUUUAAAGCAUCUUUAAAGCCUUGGGGCCAUUUUCUGGUCUAAUUUAUUUCUAUGUUUGGCUUAGACACAUUCUGAGAACUCGAUUAGUAAAAGUGAAAAACGCUUAACGGGUGCACUUGAAUCAAUUAAUCUUGUAUUACUUGUCGCUGAUUGCUACGUAAUACAUUUCGAUACAUUAGAAUGUUUGGUAAAUUACUGAAAAGUCAGUGUUGUUUCUGUUUUCAGGAGAAGAUCAGACAUCCUUAGAGCACUCAGAUUGUUAGUUUCAAUUUUAAGCUACUGCAGCUUUAGUUUCUGACUGCUGGAGUGAAGAUGUAAUGCACGAGCAUCAAACCUGGUUCUAGAAGUGUAGAAACAUCUACGGACAUGGCACAUGUUUUAGGACAGGAGAGGAGCUCAGGACCACGACAAAAUGUGCAUGCUGUUAGAGAGAAAACUCCAUUGCCCUGGAUAGAAAAGGCUAUGCUGCUUCCGGGGAAGCACAGGGUUCGACAUUCUUUUAGCCAGCCAUACCAUGAUCGGGGAUUUGAUUUUACUGAGAAUGUGAGUGCUGAGAAAGUCCAGUCUAGAUCUUCAGGAAAUGAGCGAAAGCCUCGGGUUGAAGGCAGGGCAUGCGAUGAUAACGAACUUGUAAAGCACAUGUCGAAUUUACCUGGCUUUCUCCAGCAUGUGGAGAAGGACAACACUGUCCAAGACAAGGCUCUAAAUUUUGGUGUUCUUGACUGGACGCGUUUGGAGAAAUGGAAGUACACCGAACGUAUGCCUGGAAAACUUCCCAGGAAAGCUUCACCAACUAGGGAUUCAUUUGUUUCAGCAAGUGGAUUACCUAAAAUAAGUCUAAACUUGAAAAAUCCCUCUUCACGCACUCGUUACCCCAGUUUGUCACAUUCAGGCAAACAACCAGUUGCAGAUGGUCCACAUUUUAGUUCACCUCAGCAACAACAGCCUCCUCAGAGUUUAUAUGUCAAGUCAUCAAAGGAAGAAAGAAAUGGUAAAUUCAAGAAGGAAGAAGAAAUAAAUGGUAAAUACCAGAAGGAAGAAGAAUACGUUGAGUAUCUCAAACCUAAAGGAAAGGAAACAUGCAACCAAAAAUAUCACAUGGCAGAAAGUAUCAGGAUUGCGAGACAGCAAAACCAUUUUCAGCAGAUGGAGAAGUAUUCUGACCAAAUUUGUUCUGAAACAAGUGCAUACAAGAGCAAGAGGAAUCCUCAGAAAGAGAUGAUGUCAGAAAGGGAAGCUUCUUCUUCAUCAUCCAAGCAGAGGAAACAGAAGAUUGCUCUUCCUCUUUCACCUAACAAAGUUAAAGCUCACGGGAAGGAGAGCGAGAUGAGAUUUGAUGAAGUGAAAGUUACCUCUAAAUGUCCCCCGGCAAAGCCACAAAAUAUUGUGCUUCUCGUUCCCAAAGAUUUCCAAGAAAAAAGUUGCUCAGAAAAUUCUCAGGUUACAGAAUCCAGGACUUCCCUUGAUGCACAAUUAUUAGCAGUGACAGGGAACAGAUUGUCUGAUUUCUGUUCUCCUCAGGAGCUGUAUUCUGGAGGAUACUCUGCUGAUAUUCCUCAUUCUUGUCCUCUUCCAUCAAGUGCCAUGGAGCCGCAUGACUUGUUAGCUUCUCAUGCAACUGAUGCAGAUAUUUGCCCAAAGGCAGAUUCUACCACCUACACAUCUGAAGCGAAAUUUUCGAAUAUGAUUGAAGAAACUAUUAGGCCCUCAGCUUUUAUUGAGGCUUCCAGUAGAAAACAAGCUGGCGAUGGUGAACAGCCCACUGCCAAAGGAAGAUCUCCCUCCCCUACACGUCGGUUCAGCUUUAACCUGGGAAGGAUGGGCAGAAGUUUGAGCUUUAAGGAAAGCUCAGCAGUUCCACAGUUGAGUUCUACAUAUACUCCUGUAAAAUCUGGCCCAGUGAGGUCUGUAGAUGCCCAUAGCAUGGAUAGCUUUGAUAGGGAUCAGGCAAAUUCCAGUAGCAAAGCAAGGUCCAGCCCUUUAAGGAGAUUGCUGGACCCAUUGCUCAGGCAUAAAACAGGCAGUGAUGCUGUUCGGCCAUUAAAUGGAAGCUUACGCUCCGUGGCAGCCAGUCCCACAGGCAUCAAAGGACCACCUCAAGAUAGGAAGCCUGAUGCAUCAACUUUUCAGGCUCUUUUGCAACUCACUUUCAAGAAUGGACUACCUUUCUUUAGACUAGUGGUGGAGAACAGGAAGGACAUGCUAGCUGCUGCUGUGAAGAGAUUGCCAACUUCUGAAAAGGUUGAUCCUUGCAUGAUUUACUCGUUCUACUCCGUUCAUGAGAUUAAGAAAAAGAGCAUGAACUGGAUUAGUCAUGGGUCAAAGAGUAAAACUUGUAGCCUUGGCUAUAGUAUAAUUGGUCAGAUGAAGAUUUCAAACAUUUAUCAUCUGAAAGCAAACAGAGGGGAUACUGGUGAAUGUGAUGCAAGGGAAUGCGUCCUGUACGGUGUUGAUCCAGGGGAGGUAGACAAGCAGAUGCUUGCAUUUGUACCUAACAAGGAGAUUGCAGCGAUUGUAGUGAAAGACUCUAGCAAAAGGGUGGAUGGUGGAGAGUUUAUAGAUAAGAACCAACGGUACGAAGGGAGGAAUUUUCCACGGCUUGUGUCCCCAGCAACAUCAGAAAGCCAGGAAAAAGCAAACUCUAAUGGCACAGUAGUCAUCCUUCCUGGCGCAGUUCACGGUCUACCUAUCAAAGGCGCACCUUCCUCAUUAAUUAAUCGAUGGAGAUCUGGCGGAUCGUGUGAUUGUGGAGGAUGGGACGUCGGCUGCAAGCUGCGGGUACUUGCUGACAGCAGAAAAAGCAGCAACAGCAUUCAGGAAUCGACAACAUCUAGCUCUGUUGAUCACGUUAAUCUUUUCAUGCAGGGUGGAGAGCAGAAGGGCAGGCCUGUUUUCAGCUUGAAACCAUUCAGCGAUGAGUUCUACUCUAUCGAAAUGGAUCCAUCGAUUUCUCUGUUGGAGGCGUUUGCCACGAGUGUAGCGUAUCUGACUAGCCGGAAAAUCCCUGAAAUUAUAGAUGGCAAAGGUGAGUCAGAAGCAGAACAUGUUCCAGGAGCUGAUAAUAGAAGGAAAACGGCAUCGACAUCGUUUAAAGAACAAAUCCCUGCAAAGUACGUUACGUGCCCGCCCUUGUCUCCAGUUGGAAGGAUUUAGGAAUGGAGAUUUUGUUUUUGAAGUUGUUAGGGCCACCAUCUGUAUCUCGAAGAGAGAGAGUAUGUUGGCAUUAUCGUUUGGUUUAUAUCAGUUUAGAUUGGAGGAGGAAAACGGUGAUGACUAAUAUUGUAAAGCUAUCUGCUGAUGCAGAAAACAUAUAUCACACUCUGUAAAUUUUGUUUAUCAACUCAUCUUAAUAAGUCAAGUCUUAUUCUGCUGC